AGUCAACGCUUUACCGUAUAUGGUUAUCGGAUAUAAAUGAACAGCAGAAAGUUUAUAGCUCAUGAAAGUCACAGAAUGAAUGGGACAGCUUACUCCAACUUUGACAAUCAAGAACAUGUCCUGAAACUAGGAGAGACGUUUGAGAAACACCCCAAAAGUGCCUACCAUACGGUGCGAUAUGACUUCAAACCAGCCUCCAUUGAUACAACAUGUGAAGGGGAGCUUGAAGUGGGCAAAGGAGAGCAAGUCACUAUUACUUUGCCCAAUUUAGAGGGUUCAAGUGCUCCAGUAACAGUCUUCAAAGGAUCCAAGAGGCCAUACAUGAAAGAGUGCAUCCUCAUUGUGAACCAUGACACAGGAGAGUACAGACUGGAAAAACUUAACAGCAACAUAGCUGUCAAGAAGACUAGGGCUGAGGGCAGCAGCAAGAUCCAUUCUCGCCUGGAGCAACAGACCAGUCGCCUGAGUCAGCAGAUGAGGAGUAACAACAACAACAACAGCAGCAGUAACAAGACCAUAGCUAUCUCCAAGAGUUCUCCUCCCAAAGAGAAGACAUCCCCAGCAUCCCCCAUGGACGACAUUGAGAGAGAACUGAUGGCAGAGGCGCAGGUCAUGGACCAGCUGAGCAGCAGCAACAGCUCCUCAGACUCCAACAGCUCCUCAUCCUCAAGCAGUGAUGACAGCUCCAGCAGUAGUGACUCAGAAGAUGAACAGACUUCUGCGCCGCCCUCCGCCCCAGCUAACUACAGCAUGCCUAUUAUCAACACCAGCAGUCGCCACCAGGAGAGUGGAGGACUCAUGAACACACUCAAGAAUGACCUCCAGCUGAGUGAAUCAGGCAGCGAAAGUGAUGACUGAACAACAUGAGGACGUCUGCCUACCUGUAGACAUGAAGAGGAGUGAAGGAACCAGGCACAGACUUGACAGCGACUUGCUUCCUUUAAUGUGGGACUGUCUUCUUCAGUUCUGCUAGCAAAUACAAUUUGUUGCUUCUCUGCCAACAAACUUCAAAUUGUAUGUCUCAUUUAUUGCUUUAUGAUCUGUAUAUUUUUUUGUGAAGAUUGUAUGUUAAAGAGACGAUUUAGUUCUGAGAGAUGUGGAUGUAUGAUGUGGUUGUGGCAAGAGAAGCAGCAAAACUAUGCAUAAUGUUUCAUCUCAGUGGAUGCAGAUGUGUGGUUGACCCGACCAAGCAUAUCGGAGGCAGAAUGACAGCAAUGUUCACGUAGUGUAGAUGGAUGUUUCAAUCAGUCGUCCUCAGCUACCACUGGAGUUUCUGUCUUUCAGUGUAGCAAUAUUUGGAACUUUUAUUGUGCUUAGCUCAUAUGUUGAUUAAUAGCUUCAGUUCAUUUUUGAGAAUCUCAGCUGCAUUAGUUUUUGAUUGGAGACAUUUAACUGUCAUAACAGAAAUGAAACUUUUUUUUUUUAGGAUGAGCCACACUGAUAGAACAGAGUCUUCUUCUUUUGUCUCAUAGAGUUAUUGUAAAGUUAGCUGUAGAGCCUUUUGAUUUGGAUUACUGAAACCCAGCUGCAGGACAACAAAAAAACUUUUCAUUUAAAGCUGCAUUACUUAAAAUUAUUAUUAUUAUGGCCACUGUGGGGGCAGUGGAACAAGCUUAAAACUUAACAUUGAUAUAUGAUCAGCUUAGAAAAUUUAUAUUGCAAAAGUGGAGCAAACAGUUUCUUAUUUAUACAUCCAGGAGUCACUGAUCAACCUUAGAAUUCAUUUGUAAUUGUGUUUCUUGCAGACCUAAUAGAUGUGCAAUAUUCACUCUCCUUUUGGCUCUGUUCUGGUCUUCACCAACCCCUUAGAAAAACUGUAUAAUGAGUCUAUCAAAGCUUUUUGGCAGAAACCACAGCCUGCUGUGAGUGGAAACUGGAUUGAUAAGAGUUCAGUUCACUGGCCAGCAAACCAAAGCAGUGAGAUGAAAAUGUGGUUAAAUGCUCUGCAGAGCUUAAGGGAAACGGCUUGUGGUAAUUAUCUGUAGCUUAAUAAGUACGAGACCCCUUUUGCAUCACACCCAGUCAUUCAAUUCAUUGUUUGAAAUGUCUUUAUACCAUUUUUUAAAAUUGAUAUUUCACUAUAGAAGUGGGUCUGUAAUGCACAAGUGCUCAGUUGACUCAGUUAGGGUCAUGCUUUGUAGCUUUAAACCUGCAAUACUUGAAUCUAAUUAUUUAUAUUUCAAAUAUAUUCGACCAAUGGUGAAUUGCUUAAUAUAUUACAUAUUAUUACAUAUAUUUUAAGAGCCAAGCAAUUGGAAGUGCAAGUUAGUAUGAACUAUACUGCGAAACAAGCCAGAUGAUACUGCACCUCAAUGUGAGUCUUACAGAACGUCGUGUGCCUUUCUGUUAUUUGCAUUAUGUUGCAGCAUUUCUUUGGCAUCCUAGCUAGUACAAUGAGAGACUGAAAUGACAAUGUCUUUUGAAUUUGAGAAGUUGAAAAUAUGUUUAGCUCUCAAGGAGAACGGUGGCCUCUGAGAAUCAUUUGUAAACUAUUUGAGAGUCAUUUCUUUGUAGAAGAAUAAAGAUUUUAAUUGUU